AUCAGUGUUAUCCCGGCGUUUCAGCGGAGCGGUCGCGCGACCAACGCCAACUUUCUCCACAACCACUACUAAAUAACAUCUUUAAAGUUAUCAAAACAUAGUGAUAACAACAUAAAAAGUUUAAACAAAAGUGCGCAAGAUUUUCCGUGAAAAUGUGAACCCAUGAAAGUUAUACAACUUGUUGUGCGUGAAAAACUUCCCAAAGGAUUUCCUGACAGAUUUUGGCGCCAAAAGAUAAAAGAUCAAAUGAUUUUUUGAAGAUCCGAAAUCAGAAUGUUGCAACCGGAGGAAAAAAAGGUGGCUGCAUGAACGAUACGCAAAUAGUUCUCGCUGAGGCUCCCGGUGUUUGCUCGGUGAAAUCUUAUCGUGCACUUGAUAAGUUAAAACACAAGCCCAGAGCAAACAGACGUUAUCAUGUUAGCAGAAUUCUUGCAGACGCGAAGAUACACCGCUAAGUCUGUCGCGCCGCGCCGGAGUGCCCUCUCGGAUUCCACGCUCCAAACUUGAGCCCGCAGUAACUCAUUAGAGGUGCCUAAAUUACAACUAGUGACUCUCACAGUUGUAUAAUGUGACAGUGACAGUGUUACGAAACAAAUGAAGGUUGCGAAGUGAUAGACGGGUGAAGAAGGGUUUAGGGUUGUCACAGACUCGUUAAAUCGGCAAGCUGGAGGACCUGGACACUUUGAAGAACGCAGAGAGCGUGUUCGAGAACACGAGCGCGAAGGCGGAGGAGUGCCUGGCGCGGCAUGGCAACGCGUCGCUCGGGGCGCACUGCCCCGCCUACUACGACGGGCUGCUGUGCUGGGAGCCCACGCCGUGGAACACGCUCGCCGUGCAGAAGUGCUUCAGCGUCUUCAAUGGCGUCCAGUAUGAUGAUACACAGAACGCGUCGCGUCUCUGCAUGGACGGCGAGUGGUUCAACCACAGCGACUUCGCGAACUGCACCGAGCGGAUCGCGAACGUGUCGCCCACUGACGUCACCAGCCUGAUCUACCUCGGCGGGUACUCGCUCAGCCUCGCCGUGCUGUCGCUCGCCGUACUAGUGUUCCUUUACUUCAAAGACCUCCGAUGUUUAAGAAAUACAAUACACACCAAUCUGAUGACAACGUAUAUUCUGUCUGCGUGUAGUUGGAUACUCAAUUUAGCUUUACAAAACAUGUCCGAGGAGGCCCAGACGGACCAGCCCUCGUGCAUGAUACUAGUUAUUUGUAUGCAUUACUUCUAUUUAACUAACUUCUUCUGGAUGCUCGUUGAGGGUCUUUAUCUCUACAUGCUGGUUGUGGAAACCUUCACAGCUGAAAACAUAAAGCUGAAAGUCUACACGACGAUAGGAUGGGGAGCUCCAGCAGUGUUCAUCACGGUGUGGGUGAUCGCGAGGUGCUUCGUGAGCGUCGGACCGACCACCGGGCCUGAUGAGACGCUGCCGGGCGAGUCGAAGAUGUGUCUGUGGAUGCACGAGCACCAGGUGGACUGGAUCCACAAGGCGCCGGCGCUGGCGGGGCUGGCAAUCAACCUGUUCUUCUUAGUCCGGAUUAUGUGGGUGUUAAUAACGAAGCUGCGCUCAGCCAACACUCUCGAGACGGAGCAGUACCGGAAGGCGACGAAGGCUCUGCUGGUGCUGAUCCCGCUGCUCGGCAUCACCAACCUGCUGGUGCUGUGCGGGCCCGCCGACCGCUCCUGGUUCGCCAACGCCUUCGACUACACCAGGGCCUGCAUGCUGUCUACGCAGGGCUUCACGGUGGCCCUGUUUUACUGCUUUAUGAACACGGAGGUGCGCCACGCGAUCAGGUACCACGUGGAGCGCUGGAAGACGGGCCGGGCCAUCGGGCGCGGGCGGCGGCGCGGCGCCAGCUACUCCAAGGACUGGUCGCCGCGGUCCAGGACUGAGAGCAUCAGGCUGUACAGUCACCCGUCUAAGCGCGAGUCGGCGGCCUCGGAGACCACCACCACGACGCUGCUGGUGCCGCGGACCUCGCUCGCGCCGCCACACGAUGUUCGACGUUCCGACUACAUAACGAGCGGGAGCGUGAGCGGCGACCAGUCGCCGGUGUGAGGAGGCGGGCGGGGGAGGCUCACGCGCCUGCGCACACUGCCCGAGGAGGACGCGCCGCCCGCGCCCCGCCCCGCCUCCCCCGCCUCCGCUCCAC